AGGUGCCCCACAAAUUUGAGAUAUGCAAGCAUUCAUUCGCCAUCAUUAUCAAGUGAUCAAAAUAAUUAGAAGAAAAUAUUCAAAACUAAAUUUAGAGUAGACUAUGUCGGGCCUCAGAAGAUCACGUCCAGAAGAGCAGGAUGCUGCGCUCAACAAGCUACUUUUUAUUGUAAGUUGUUUUCAUGUCCUUUUCUUUUUCAAAUAUAAUUUCUGUCCUAUGAUUAGCCUACAUGAUAGAUCACUUACCAGCAAUGUUCCCUCUAAGGUUUUUUGGUUCGUGUGCAAAAUCAUACAGUUGUGUGCAAAAUUUUACAGCUUUAAUUUUUUUUUGCAAAAUUUUACAGCCCACAAACACUCACUUAUAUCAAAAUUUGCUGCGCAGUACUCAAAACUGCUGCAGGGCAUCUGUGAGAUAGCUGCGGGGCCACGCAGCCGGGAACAUUGCUUACCAGCAAACAUUUUUUUGUCUUGUUUUUUUUAAAAUUAUUUUAUCUUAUACAUUUUGUUAACUUGAAUUCCAACAUACUCGGUGUUUAGUUGAUAAUUAAAGAGGGUAACAUUAAAAGCCAUUACUUCCUGCAUUUUCAGAAACUUUCACUUAAUAGCAAUUCAGAAAGUGAGCCAGAACAGACACAUUUUUCACCCUCUGCAAACAAAAAUGAAGAGGAUCAAGAAGUUUUUUUAGCAACAGAGCUGGAUGGUGAAAUGAAGAACCUAUUUUCUGUGAGUACGGUAACACAAAUCUUUAAUCUUGUGCUACAUAUUGGAAACUUACACAUCAUUGUCAUUUAAAGUGAGUUUCUCAAGUGGAAUUUUGUUAACUGCAAAAUGUGACACUCUGUUUACGUCAUCUAUUGAUUAAUAACUCACAGCAUAUGACUAGUAGGUCUAUGACGUGUGUCAUAAUUAAGUACAUGUCCCGUAUGAUUUUGGUCUGUUUGGUGAGUCAAUUAGACCCUUUUUAGUCAAGGGUGUAAGUGUGCUUUAUGUGCUGGUGUUGUUUAAUGACACAUUUAUGUAUUCCUGAUGUCGUUUCGUAUAAGGAGGAGUGUAGAACUUUUUUAUUGGGGAAUUGAAGACCAACCUUUGAAGGGAUAGAGGGUUGUGCCUCAAGAGUGUGCUGUUGAACUGUAGAGGACUUUAAAUUUAGAAUUUAAACAAGGGAUUUACUUGUGUGUACUAUGCACAGAUAUUUCACAACAUUGAGGCCUGCUUGACAUUGAGUUAUUACUUGGAUUGUUGCAUUACAAGACAUGUGUCAUUGGAAAAGGGUGUCCUGUUGUUCCUGUGUGCUGAGAGUGUUAAUGAGAAUCAUGGGCCAGACAACUGGAGCCAGAACCGCUGACAGUAUACUUGGCAGUAUCGAGGUAGCAAAGAGAUGCCAGUCCAAGAUCUUGUGACUGCAUAAUAUGGAUGUUUAUAAACGGGUCAUCUGCAUCACUACACGUUUAAUGCUAAUAAUAGUAUACAUAAUACAAGGCAAAUAAAUUAAAAUGAGGGGGGGGGAUGUCGUUUAAUAUUUUACUCCUUCAUAUUAUUUUUAUAGAUGAAUAGAGAUAAUGAAUUUUAUAAUUAUAAUACAGUAAAACUUGCCUGAGUUAUGAUAGAGGAAUUGCUACUUAUUAUCUGUUAAGUUGUUGUUUUUUUUAGUGAUUACCAAACAAUUGAAGGCAAAUAACUAGCUAACCUAGUGAAAAUUUAUCUUCAACUCGUCACCACGGACGUUUAUUCUUAUAUUUCUUAGGAAAUUUCUCCAACUCUGAGGAGACACACAGAUCAGUCUAACUCUUCCAGUCCUCAGAAAUACAGUACUUUUUUGGAUAAAAGCAUAAGUCACAAUGACUUACACCUAUCACCUUUGCAACAUUUAGACCAAGCCCUGCAAAGUCCAACCUUAAGUCCCAAGCCACUGGCACGAUCAAAGCUAACGACUCCUCCAGCUGUAGUGAAGACGUCACCUGAUCAGGCAAAAAAUUUCACCUUGUCCCCUUCCAAGUCAAAGACAACCAAAUCAAAGUCAGUCACAUCUUCCCCAAAUUUGACUCUGAAGAAAUAUUUUAGCACUCAGAUGAUAAUGAGAUCUGAUUUCCAACAGGGACACACAAGGAGGUAUACAAUUUUGCAUUCUUUUAAAACUGAGUAAAUUUCAAUUUACAAAACAAUUAAGAUCUGUUAAUUAAUUAAACUUUUUUAAUUGUAAUGUGUAUCUGUAUAAUAUUUCAAUGAGGAUUGGCAUAAAGUUAAAAGUAAGCAGUAAUUAUAUCAAUCAUUGAACCCUUUUUCUUAUAAUACCUUAACCAUAACUGACAGAAAUUAUAAAGCUUCUAAAAAAAUGGAUUACAAAAGGAAAAUAUAAAUUUUAAAUUUUCUUUUUCAUAAUAAAUAGAGGAAGUGAACCCCUGUUAGACACUAGAAGUCAUUUUCAGGUAAACCAGGUAGGUUAUAUACUCACGUUUCCAUCGUGUGUUUGUCCAGCGUUAUUGUUUUUUGUUUACUUUUUACACAUGUGACAUCUCAUUCCAUUUAUUCAGUUAUCUGAGUUGAUGACACAGUGUUACAGCUCCAGUACGCUGGGUGGAGGGGUUGGGGGUGGUUAGUGAUGGGGAAAUAAGAAAAGGCGAUUAAAAAUGUUAAAAACCUACCCAAUAAUUAUUGGUCCUAAUUGUAGGAAUAUUGGGAAGGAAUGGUGGAAGGUGUUAGGGCAGGGAAUUUGGGCAAUUUUAAAAAAAAAUUUUGGCAUCCGUCUGUCACAAUUUGAUAAUGGUGUAGACUUCGAAAGAUGAAAUCACAAGGCCUGGGAUUUUUCUUUAGACAGCAGGCACCUGGAUAACCCAAGGAAACAGGAUAUGUGGUUGAUACAGCUUAGCAAUACAGGAGUUGUCAGAAUUUUUCAUUACUUCAAUGUUAUCCGCUUACGGAAUCCAUCUCCGCGUUUUAAUUCAAAGUUAACCUUCUCUUAGAUGAACUGCCAUCCAAAGUUAGUGGGUCCCAUCCAUCCGGGUUUCUGGGGGUGUUUUUUGCUUUAAUGGGUCUUUAGUGGGGAUUGAACUCCAGACCACAAGCUUGGCCAACCAGCACUAAUUUUGGAAACCAGGCUGAAAAGGUGCUGGAUGGCCGAGCGGUCUAAACUGUCUCAAACCAAAUAGUUGGUGGUCUGGAGUUCAAUCCCCACCAAAGUCAUUAUCCCAAGCACCCCGGGGGGAUGGGACCCGUUAGCCUAGGACGGCAACCCAUCUAAGAGAGGGCAAACUCUGAAUUUAAACCAGGAGCCAGAAUGAUCAACAAAUUGAUCGUGGGCCGCUCAAAUAUAAUAAAGAAAGAAGAAGAAAAAUGCAGUAAAAAGAAAACAUUAGUUUUAGUAUAUUUGUGAAGUUUUGAAUAAUUUCAAUAAUGCAUAAGUUAAUGAGGUUGAUCGCUAUUCAUAAACAACCAAAUAAUAAAUUUACUCUGUUUAAAUAGACUGGAGUGACUGAACAAAAGUGGGCAAAACUCCGCUCUAUUCUAGUAUCCAUGCAAGAACAGCCCUUGGGUAUGGAGGAGAUUAUGCAGUCAUCACCUCCAGAUUUGUUGGUCAACCUCAAGGAGAAAAUCAGUGCACAAGAGCAGCUGAUUAAAUUACAAAAUGAACUUUCAACUUUGAGAGAUAACUUAUGGCAAAUGGUGAGAACUGGAGUUAAACUUAUUACCAAUUUUUGAACAAAAUAUCUCCAUAAAAUUUUAGUAGUAUUUUUAAUUAACUGACAUUUUUCAAGGUAAAUGAUAAAAAAAUUAUUAUUCUCUAUGUAUGUAUUGCUGUAAUGCUGUGUUCAAUAGGCGCGGAAAAUAAAUUUUCCAGAAGCUAGCACUAAUUGGUUCGUUUUUGUAAGUGUGUUUGGUCAAGUAACUUUAGUAGAUCCUUGGCUGGCUUAUCUCUAGUAAGGGUGAUAAACUUGAAAAACUUAGCCAACAAUAAAAAGAGAUUUAAGAAAGUAUAGUGAUCUUAUCAACCAUAUUUAAACCAAAAAAAAACAGAUGGGUACACAGAAAAUAUGGUUGACACCAUUUAUAAUAACAUAAGCAUAUUGAAUAUAUUUCAACACAUAGCCAUCUCUUUCCUUAUAAGGAAAAUGAACUUCAGACAGCUGGAUCAGAACGAGAUGCUGCCCUGGCUUGCCUUCAUCAAAUGCAAUCUGCCCUUAACACCUCGGACUCAAGAAAUGAAGGUGAUCAUUUUUAAUUUACUUCUCAUAAAUUCUCUUUUUAUUAAGUGAACUGAGCUUUUUAACUUCUCGACAGCAGAACUUACUUUAUUUUAAAAAUUAUAACUUUUUCUUAAUUUUUUCUAUAAUUUCACUUUUUAUUUAAUUUUUUUUUUUUUUAUAAUAAUUUUUAUUUAUUUUCUAAACGUACCAUAGUGGCAAAGCUAUUAACUUGUUUAAAAACAAAUCUCAUACAAUGGGCAUAUUUCAAAUAAGCAAUCAGCCCAAAUACUUUCUUUUGGUAAUUAGAUAAGAUGUAAGAAGAAAACAACAUAAUCAUCAUCCCAAAUGUCUUUAAUCUCUGCAUUGCAUUUAUUGGAUUGUCUAGACACUAGCAUUGUGAUCAUUUUGCUGCAUAAGUUAUUCUUAUCUUAAUUAUUUAUCUUUUUUAAGAGCCUUAAAUAAUGCUUAACAUAGCUUGCUUGAUAUCAAUUAAUUUAAUUGAACAGUGCUUCACGUUUUUAAUUGGUUUUUAACUUAUUAACAUGCAGGAGUUAAAAGAUCAGAGUGGUGUGGGUUAAUGGAAUUAAAGAAAAGUGGGAAAAUUGAAUGUGAAAUAAAAUAUAAUUUCUAUAAUAAUAUUAUAGGAUACAAAAUUUAUCACAAAGGCUCCUAUAUACUUAAAAUAGAUUAUCCAAAAGAAUUCAGGGUGUAAAAUCGACACAUUCUUAAAAUAAGAAAAUAGGGUUAUUAAUAUGAUGAUAUAAAUUGAAUGUGAAAUAAAAUAUAAUUUCUAUAAUAUAUGCAAGGAUAAAAUAGAUUUUUGUCUCGAAUUUUCCCAAAACAAUAAUUUUAUUGGGUGUUUUUUUUUUUUUUAAGUUGACCAGUCAAAAAUUUUUUUAUUCAAUCUGAGACUUGCAUUGCAAAUAAUUGCAUGAUUAAAUUGUGGCAUGAAAGUUGGUGCCUAUAAUAUUCCUUUUUUGUGUGUGUGUGUGCGCAGAAUAUCCAAAUGUGCCUCAAGAUAACAUGAUCAAUUACUGGGAACAAGGUGUAGACAGCCUGAAAUCUUCAGAUGUAACAAAGGUUUGCACAUUCAAUUAUAAUGCUUACUUGAAGCUAAUUUUUUAAGCCUGUAUCACUCUUAAAUGAUUUUAACCAAAUCUUAAUGCACAGAACCAUUAGUUGUAACCAAUCCUCAUUGAGUCUUUUCCAAUCAAGCUGUAUGAAUUGAGGAGAAAGUUGUGGCUGCUGUAGCUGCAUGAAUCACAUGUCUUGCAGCACACUUCAAAACUAAAUUUCUGCACACUGCUCCAAGCAGUACAUAAGAAUGGCAUUACAUCAGUAAUUUUCAUACUUUAGGGACCCACAGUUGCUGGCAAAUUUGUUCAGGAUAUAACCUGCGUCUGAAAAAAUCCAACAUUUCAGCCAUCCUUUCCCAAAAAUCUUCUCAGUCUCAGCAACUGAGAAAAAGGGAUGGAGUUUUUGCAUGAUUGAGGAUGGAAUGAUGAAUAUAGUAAGAAACUGUGACUGUCUGUUUUCUUAUAGAAAAUGGACUUAGAUAUGAUGAUCUCUUUAAAGUUAAUUUUUAAGUCCAAAAAAUUGAUAUUACUUUUAUGGAUCGUUGAAGUGAAUAUGAUUGUUGGAUGAAAAUGUCCAAUGAAGUCAAUAAAACUUUCUAGUUGUGUUAUGUCCAUAUUGCUUAUCCCUAGACUGUCAUCUAUGUAUCUCAUGCAGUAUUCUGGGAAAGGACCUUUGUAGUUUUCUCUCCAAAGAUGUUCCAAAUGGCCCAUAAAUAGACAUGCAUAACUUGGUCCCAUUUUUGUUCCCAUAGCAACGCCACUGAUCUGAUCUUUGGUAUAAUGAGUUUUGCUCUCAACAUUUUUUAUAUGUAUUUAGAUCAUCCAAUAACUUGUGUACGUUUUCUUCAAUUACCUGGUAAUUCGUUUUUCCCCAGGAAGAGGUCCUGGAUAUAAUGGAGCAUCUUAUUAAGGAUUUCAAAGGUCAAAGGUCGUACCUGGAUCGCUUGAUGAUGGUUGUAAUGACACGUGCACCAUGGAUGCUGGGCGAGGUGGAUAAGUUAGAAGGUUACAUCUAUGAUAAUGAUGAGUCUUCUUUUUACAAUGACAGUGAUGAGGAAUUUAUGUGUUAGCUUGCAAUGCACUUUAUUUUUCCACAUGGGGACUAUAGUUUGAUUUAUAUAUAUGUACAGUAUAUAGUAUAUGCACAGAGUGUAUAAAUAAUAAUAUGUUCUACCUUGAACUCUUCGACAUUUAUCCAAGAGAGUAUUUCUUAGGUCUAUGACAUUUUUAAUUAAAAAUUUUUUCAUAACUGGUGC